AGCAAUAGUUGGCACUCCAGAGCAUACAGCCUCCAGGACUUGGCCGACGCAUUCAAGUUAAGGGAAAGUAGCCGGGGUCAAAGGAAAACCAAAAUGGCCGAUUCUGUGCAAACUGAAGAGAUUUCCAACAUUUCCCCGGAGGAAAGCAACUUACAAGGUGCAGAAGGAUAUCAGCUCUGGUCAGCGUGGACGCCGCUGGAUGAGAGUUUCCAGUGGAUACGACACCCAAUAACCAGGCCUUCCAGGGAUCCUUCUACGUCUUUUGUCAGCUUUAGUGAAACCCCUACAGACAAGGAAGUGCAGCACUACCUCCGGAGGAUCACCGUGGCCAGAGAUGGAAUCCUUUGGGAUCGCAAUGAGAGUUCCAAUUUUUCUCCCACAUCACAAAGUCCCAAGUUGCCACGCAUAACAGAACACUGCACCGCAGAUGAUACAAAAAAUAGUCUGAUGAAACCCCAGCCUGUCCGACUCAAUGGAGUGGACUCCGUCUUUGGCCGGGUGAUCACCGCUCAACCCCCCAAAUGGACUGGAGUGGUCAGAUUUUCAGAAAAAUCGGCAUUUUGCAAAAUCAUCAACCCAGGCCAGGAGUGGCCUACUGGCCUGAAGGAGUCUCAAAGUAAAAUGGUACUCAGUAUGUGCAAGCAGAUGUUACGUGCCAGUUUGCUACUGCACUCCACUUACAAAAAGUGUACUUUUAUCUUGCAGCACUCCAGGUAAAAAUAUUUUGUGGUUUCCAUUUUACUUACCACGCUGCACUUCCUUCCAUUCCCAUGCUACUCACUUUGAUUAAAAUUUCAAUUUCAAUGAAACGAAAAUCGCCAAUUUCCAGCUUAGAAAUGACAACGUAGUGAUCAUCCUCUCUCCCAUCAUCAAAGAAAGGCCAGUGACGGUGAACAAAGAACAUUUCCUUUAUAAAAUCAAACAUUCGUUAGGGAGACGCGUCACAGUGCAGGCUUGUAACGUUCCCAUGAUAAUGGAAAAACCAACAAUACAAACCACAAAAAUACA